CCCUCUCCUCAGCCCCCUUCUCAGCAACACCCGCACGGCUCGGAAGGAGCCUCACGCCUCGCUGGCGCGAGAGACCUCUGAAAGGGCGAACGAUGUGCGGGAAUGGUGGCGGCCGGGACGCCGAGGUCCUGACUGGGGGACCGCAUCGAGAGGUCCCUGUCUCCGUCGUUUCCCUCGUGUCCCCGGAGUCCCCCGUUUGGGGACACUGAAGACCGACCGGGCGGACGCUAGUGUGAGAAUGGCCGUGACUUUGGAAGGAGCACCGCGGCUGGGCUGGAUCCUGGUGAAAGCCCUGCUGAGAUUCGCCUUCAUGGUCGCCAACAACCUGGUUGCUAUACCGUCCUACAUCUGCUAUGUGAUUCUGCUGCAGCCUCUUCGCGUGCUGGACAGUAAGCGGUUCUGGUGUAUUGAAGGAAUCAUGUACAAAUGGCUUUUGGGAAUGGUGGCUUCCUGGGGAUGGCAUGCUGGAUACACAGUGAUGGAAUGGGGGGAAGAUGUUAAAGCGAUCUGGAAAGAUGAAGCCGUGGUGUUGGUGAACCAUCAGUCCACGGGAGACGUGUGCACGCUGAUGAUGUGCCUGCAGGACAAAGGACUGGUUGUCGCUCAGAUGAUGUGGCUGAUGGAUCAUAUUUUUAAGUAUACAAACUUUGGAAUUGUUUCUCUAAUUCACGGAGACUUCUUUAUAAGACAGGGAAAAUCUCAUCGUGACCAACAGCUGCUGCUUCUCAAGAAGCACCUAGAAAAUAAUUACAGAAGCAGAGAUCGAAAAUGGAUUGUCUUGUUUCCAGAAGGGGGCUUCCUCAGAAAGAGGAGAGAAACAAGUCAGGCAUUUGCCAAGAAAAAUAACUUGCCAUUUCUUACACAUGUCACCUUGCCAAGGGUUGGGGCAACACAAAUUAUUUUGAAUGCACUUGUAGCACGACAGGAAAAUGGAAGUCCAGCAGGAGGAGAUGCUAAAGAACUAGAGAGCAAAGCAAAAGGCCUUCAAUGGAUAAUAGACGCCACCAUAGCUUAUCCCCAAGGUGAGCUGUUAGAUAUUCAAACCUGGAUCCUUGGAUACAGGAAGCCAACAGUCACGCAUGUACAUUACAGGAUUUUUCCAAUUAAGGAUGUGCCCCUGGAGACUGAUGACCUUACCAAUUGGCUCUAUCAACGGUUUAUUGAAAAAGAAGACCUCUUAGCCCAUUUUUAUGAAACAGGAGCCUUUCCGCCUCCCAAGGGCCGUGAGGAAGCCGUUUCCCGGGAGAUGACCCUCAGCAGCGUGUGGAUAUUCCUCAUCCAGUGUUUCGCGUUUCUGUCAGGCUACAUGUGGUACAGCAUCAUGCAGUAUUUUUACCAUUGCCUCUUUUAGAUACUGACUCGGACUUCACAAGGCCGCCAUAGGAAUUCAGACUUCCGUCAGUGUGCAUUAUUUACAUGUGCAAAUCAGAAUAUAUAAAAAGCAAAGGAGAUUCAAUGGAUGGAUUAAUAUUUAUCCUCCUUUGGGAUAUUUUAAAACGCUACUGAAAUGAGGAUCAGUAAUAGAACGACCUGCUAAUAUAUUUUAAGAACUUUUCAUGUCUUAAAGCGAUACGCUCCACCACAUACUUAAGCAGCCAUCACAUCUGGAGAAGUGGGAAUCCUAAAACGCCCUGGAAGAUGGAAGGAAACUGUCGCCAUCAGAUGCUGAGGUCUUUGGGUUCUGGCUCAGGGCUGUGUCCGCCCCUUGCAGGCCCCGGCCAUGCCCACCUGUGCCAUGGCUUCCGCAGUGCGCGGAGGAGCUGCAGAGGGGCGGCUCCCUGCCUUGGGCGGGAACAGACUGCCGGAGCAGGCCGUGCUCUCCGGCCCUGUGUUUACCUGUGCUAGCGCCUCCCCUUCCCCCUCGUCCGUGUAGAAGGCGUAUCAUAGAUUGGUCAUCGGAUUUUACAAAGCGCACUUUGUCAGAUGCUGAUAUAGCCAAGGACAGUAACCUACCCUCGAAACACAAGUGAGCCUCGGCAGCGAGCUGGCUCCUGGAGGCUCCCCUGUCUCUGUCCACUCGCCCGCUGGUGCUGUCCAGUUCCCACCCUGCCCUACACCCUUCCUGCUGCGACGCCCCAUUCGUGGUGAGAGCCCUCUCCCCAUUUUGACGUAGCACCAAAUGCACUUGGGGCUGGUUGACACAAAUUAAUGCAGAACAUUUACGUGGUCAGCUGAGAGUAGACUAGUUUGUUAGGAAACUGAGCUAGCACCAAGCGUUGGCCUGGAGCAGUGACCAGUCCUCGGGCCACACCGCCGACCCUGGCCAGUCCCGGGUGUCGGUCCCGCAUCCGUGCCCGCCCCUUUCCUCGGGCACAGCCGGGAGAGAGCGGUGCAGGGGCUUCCGGCCUGUGCCAGCUGCUGUUGAAGAGGAGAAAGUUUCAGUUCUUUCCAGGAGACCUUUAUUUGUCACUAUAUUCAUCUGAUUUACCUCACUGGCAAACCAAACUCCUAGAAAGUGCUGGCACUGCGUUCGUGUGAGCUCGAAGACGUCCUUUGGCCGAGGACUGUGAGGCUGUCGAGAUCUGUCAGUGGUAGUCUGUGAUAAGAGCACUGUAGACUCCCUUGUCACUGAUUUCACGAAUAGUAAUCCUGAGAAGUAGGCUGUAAAAUAAAAAUAAAGGCCAAUGCUUUGUUUUCAGGCAAACCAAAAAACAAAACAAAAACUGAAAAGAUGUGAAUUUCCCCAGUUACAUGGGAAAGGUGGAGCAACACCAAAUAGAAGCCCACAGCAGCUUCAUCUUUAGGGUAGGUCAGAGCAUACGUGAAGAGCAGGAUGCGUUCGCUGAAAUACCUCAUGGGAUACUUCCUGCUGCUCAACUGCAGGCGACAGUGUUAAGAUGAGUGGCUCGGUAACAGUUGUUAUAGAAGGCAGUGUUUUCAGAACCUGGGUAACCUGUAUUCUGCAGUGACAGUAGGUGAAGCCAGGCUCACCAGAAAGCCAAAGAGAAGCUGUCUGACACUUGUGUUUGAGGCCCGGCAAACACCAGUCAGUUUCAGGGUGAAUUGGAGUUCAUUUGUGGCAUUAGCCGACCCUCUAGGAGGAGCUGCUCCCUGACACGUAAGCGUGCACAGUCCUAGCGACCAGACCUGUCCUCGGUACGAAGCCAGCCACAGGCGUAGUGGCCAGUCCUGUCCCCAAAACCGAAUCCAUGUGCAGGUACAGGUAGCUUGGGUCACUUCGCCAUUGCUGUGCUCCAAAGGAACGUGAGAAGCACUCUACGCCGUAAGCUCACCUGUAGGGUGCUUGACUUUCCCAGUGCCUGUCAUUUCCAUAGUCCCACCUGUGUGGACACACCCACACCUGUGUGAGCUGACCUGCGAACACAGAGCUGUGAGUUGUGAACAGGUGUGUUUGAUUUGCCCUAACCUUCCAUUCUUUCUGAACAUGUCCUGUCUCCCAUUCUCAAAACACGUUAUUUGAGAAUAUUGGUCGUGUUUUCCUGGUUAACCCCAGUUCAUCCUCUUGCACUGGAAAUGUGGAGAGAAUCAGUAUUCUUUUAUGGCCUUCGGGGAGGCAGCAAGAUGGCCACCGUGCAGAGCUGACUAAAGAUUCCUACUUGCACUGUCUUUAUAAAGAGGGAUGAAUGAAGGUUUUACAUCUUGACAGGGCGAAAGAAGAGAAAACUGUUCCCAGUUCCCUCACACUUCUGGUCCCAGCCAGCCGCCCAGGUUGUGCGCCUGCUGUUGUCCUGGUGUCAGUGAGUGACAGUGUGUGAGCACCUGUUUAGUCAUGGGCGGGCCAGUGACUCACCCUUAGCUUCAGAAAGAGUUGGUGUCACACACACAUGAUGGGGAUACCUACAAACAGUGGGAGGAAAGCCACAGUGGGAAAUGAGGCUUGGAGGACAAACUAGUCAGUUGAGAAUUUAAAUAGCUUUUUUAAAGGUAGCUGUUGAGCUCUGGGCAUGGUGGCGCACGCCUGUAAUUCCAGCA